GCCCCAGUAAUGCGGCCGCGUCCGUCUGCAAGCCUACUGUCGACGACGACGGCCAGUGUGUAGCGGGUUUUUUUUAAGUUUAUUUUUUUUUUUUUUAUCAUCGUUAUUACCGUCAUUGUUGUCUUAGUCGUUGUUGUAGUUGUUGUUGUUAUUGUCGUUUUUAUAUAUUAACAUUGUUAUUAUUUUUUUUUUUUUUAUUACUAUUAAUAUUAUUAUUAUUAUUAUUAUCAUUAUCAUCGUCGAAAUCGCUAUACUAUUACAUUCCACUCAUUCGGUCGGCCGACGACAAGUACCCGACCGUUGCAAGUUGUCAUUCGCCGCCGUCGUCAUUAUUUCGUAUUCGUUCUAUUUUUUUUUUUUUAAAUAAUUCUUUUCGUCCGUUCUGGUUACUCGCCAUCGUAUACAAAUCGUAUGCACACACGUAUUAUCGUGUACCCGUAUAAUAUUUGAAUCGUCACCGUCUUCCGCGACCGUCAACCGUCGGACGAGUGGUCGGCAAUUCCAUCGACAAGACGGACUGCACACCGAAAUGGUGGUGCGGCUGCGGCCCGCGGUGGAUUGCGACGGAUUGCGUGUCGUGCGGGCGCACCGUGCACCGUCGUCGGCGCGGCACUGAGACAAAAGGUCCAACGACGAUUGCCAGACGAAUGGGCGGAAAAAGAUUGACGGCUGACGGUCCGGUGUCCGGUUGAUGGCCGCGGAACGCGAUGCGGGCACCGGAUUCGAAAACAACGGCUGCGGCGGCCCGCGGCUGCCACCAAUCGGCGCGGCGGUGCGGUGGACGGCCGCAGCCGCCGCGGCCGCCGCACAGCCGGACAGUCAGAAGGAGAUCAGGUUUCCGGUCACAAAGCAGCCACCACCGUCCGCGCCGGCGCAGGCGCAGGAGCUGUACCGGCGGUUGCACAGCCGAUCGCUGUCGUCGCUGCCGCCCGAGCCGUUUAUGAUAAUGCGGUCGAAGGCCCUCAACCGGAGAGUGUGCAUAAACGUGGGAGGCGUCAAGCACGAGAUUCUGUGGCGUACUCUGGAGAGGCUGCCGCACACCAGGUUGGGCCGGUUGAGGGACUGCAACACGCACGAAGCGAUUGCUGAGCUGUGCGACGACUACUCGUUGGCCGACAACGAAUACUUUUUCGACAGACACCCGAAAUCCUUCAGCUCGGUGUUGAACUUCUACAGGACGGGCAAGCUGCACCUGGUCGACGAGAUGUGCGUGCUGGCGUUCAGCGACGAUCUGGAGUACUGGGGCGUGGACGAGCUGUACUUGGAGUCGUGUUGCCAGCACAAGUACCACCAGCGCAAGGAGCACGUGCACGAGGAGAUGCGCAAGGAGGCCGAAUCGCUGAGGCAGCGGGACGAGGAGGAGUUCGGCGAGGGCAAGUGCGCGCACUACCAGAAGAUGCUGUGGGACCUGCUCGAGAAGCCCACCACCAGCAUCGCGGCAAGGGUGAUAGCUGUGAUAUCGAUACUGUUCAUCAUUAUGUCGACGGUGGCGCUGACGCUCAACACGAUACCGUCGCUGCAAGUGGAGACGACGAAGGGGGUGAUCCAGGACAACCCGGUGUUCGCCAUGGUGGAGCUGGUGUGCAUCACGUGGUUCACCCUCGAGUACCUGCUCCGGUUCAGCGCGUCGCCCAACAAGUGGAAGUUCUUCAAGGGCGGCCUGAACGUGAUCGACCUGCUGGCCAUACUGCCGUACUUCGUGUCGCUGAUACUGGUGGCCGAGACGGACAAGACGGACACGCACCAGUUCGACGACGUGCGCCGCGUCAUACAGAUAUUCCGAAUCAUGCGCAUACUCCGCAUACUCAAGCUGGCCCGGCACUCCACCGGCCUGCAGAGCCUCGGGUUCACGUUGCGCAACUCGUACAAGGAGCUGGGCCUGCUCAUGCUGUUUCUGGCCAUGGGCGUGCUGAUAUUCUCCAGCCUGGCGUACUUCGCCGAGAAGGAGGAGCCGGGAACCAAGUUUCUGUCCAUACCCGAGACGUUCUGGUGGGCCGGCAUCACCAUGACCACCGUUGGCUACGGCGACAUAUACCCGACCACGGCCCUGGGAAAGGUCAUCGGCGGCGUCUGUUGUAUCUGCGGCGUGCUGGUCAUUGCGCUGCCCAUUCCAAUUAUCGUCAAUAAUUUUGCCGAGUUCUAUAAAAACCAGAUGCGACGAGAGAAGGCGCUCAAGCGGCGAGAAGCGUUGGAGCGCGCCAAGCGCGAGGGAAGCAUCGUGUCCUUCCACCACGUCAACCUCCGAGACGCGUUCGCCAAGAGCAUGGACCUGAUCGACGUGAUUGUCGACAACGAGAGCGACAUUCCGAAGCUGUCCAAGCAGAACUCGCUAAGAUCACACGUUGGCAGCAAUUAUUCGCAAUACGACGGUACGAGCAGCGGCAGCGAGACGGUCCCGUUGAACCCGACACCAGCGCGUGGUGCCGCGAACGUCAAACCGGAACACCAGACGCUGUUGGACAUCGACAAUCCGGAACAAAACGCCAAUUCUUUUGGGAAACCGUUCGAGAGCUCGGGGAAUAUGUCCGCGAGUUGUUUUAUCGAAAAAUUUGACGAAAAUUUCAAUGAGUUCGAAUGUUGCUCUUGUAGACAAAAGGAGGUCAAGGAGUACUUGGACGCGGAACACCUGACGCCGUACCCGACCAGCGACCUGCGGACGCCACUCAGCGUGGAGAUGAGAACGCUCAAGGAGGCCGACGGGUCGUCGUCCGGCGGCGGCCAGUGGCGUUCGCGCAACGAGGUGGGCAGCGUCGACAGUUCGGACACGUACAUCAGCUGCAAGUCGCAACCGUUCCAUUCGCAGGGCGACCUGACUGCAGCCGACGACCUGCACGACACCGUUUUCGAGCCGGCAGGUGGUCACGUCCCGGCCAGUGGCCCCGCCACCACCGGUAAGGGCAGCGGCGUCAACGACUCGUCCAACCUGUACGUAAACCCCCUGGAGAGCGCCGGUGGCAAAGGGGGCGGCAAAGGGGGCCCGCCCCGGAGCUUGGGCACGUCGCCGAUGGACGAGUGCAAAGAGUUCUCGGGCCGCACUGCGGCGGUCGGCAGUCGCGGGAGCCUCAACGAAACGGCCAAACAGCGGAAGACGAGAUUUUCGCAACAAUCAAACAUAGGAGAAAGUUUAUUUGGCCGAUCGUCCCAGGAAAGUUUGGAUGGCGGCGCACGAAAACGACGGCCUUCGUUCGGGUUGUCGUCCAAAACAUUGACUAAUGCUACAAGAAUAAUCAAUCAACAUUUGUUCGGGUUACCGCUAAUAUCUAAUAAAACAGGGAAAAGCGGCAAGUCCUCGCCGUCGGUGUCGGCUGAAUCGAUAAACCGUUCGCCGGAACAGCAUCGGAGGUCCAAGUCGAUACUGAAACGGCACCAGAACCAAGGUUCGUCGCAGACGUCGCAGGACUCGCCGUCCGGUAACCACGCGAGGAUAGGCAUCCGGCGGACGGCACACGUGGACCCGGAAACGGAAAAGCUCAUACCCGACAAUCUGUCCGACUGUUCGCCGGGCAAGAGUCCGAUGUCCCCGCAGCAGCAGCAGCAACCGCAGCAGCAGCAACCGCCGCUGCCACUGCCACUGCCACUUCCGCAGCAACAGCCGCGGCACAACAACAACCACCACCAGCAGCAGCAGCAGCAGCAGCAGCAACAGCAAAACCACCACCGCCACAACAACAACCACCACCACAACAACAACAACAACGGCGGCGGCGGCGGCGGCGGCGGCGGCAGGACUACCGGCGGAGGCAGUGGCGGCGGAGUCGGCAGGGCGCCGGUUGAAGUGGCGCUGCUGCAGGACCUGCUCGAAGACUCGGGCGGCCCGAUAUUCAUAUGUCCUCCACCGCCGCCCAUGAACGACAACACCGACAAGAGGUACUCGUAGCCGCCACACUUGCGAGCUACCAUAUUAUAUGACGUAUACAUACCACAUUACCGUAAAUUAUGAUAUUGUGUGUGAAAUCGUACAUUUUGACACCCUCGCAAGCGUAAUUCGCAGACGCACGCGUAGAAUAUAAUUUAAAAAAUACCAAGACAAUAGUAACAAUAUGAUAUAUUAUGUACACGACUCGCUCGCCGUUAGCUAUAUGUAUAUGAUGUAUAUAUUAUAUUAUAUAUACUUACGCGGUAUAUUACUAUGUAUUACGUGUCAUUGGUAUCAUACGGUGUAUAAUAUAAUAAUAUGGUGUAUGACACCUGCGACUGUCGUCAAGUGUGCCGCCACUGCGGUGAAAUCGCGAGCCUAUAUUAUGUGUGUGCGCAUCACGUACAUCAUUAACUAUUGGCCGCCGUACGUACCUGCCUAUGUGCACAUUUUUUUAUUAAUUCGUCGACGCGCAGUCGUCCGCAACAACGCCGCCGCCCGUCCCGGCCCGGGCAACCGGUGGUCGCGCCUUCGAGUGGCGUGUUAUUUUAACGAUACCAACAUUUUACGUACCGUAAUAUAAUAAUAGUAUAUAUAUAUAUAUAUAUAUAUAUACACAUGCGACCGCGAGAACAACGCGUAUAUAUAUAUAUAUAUAUCAUCUAUAUAUUAUAUUAUGUAAAUUUAUAUGAUAUAUUAAAAAUUACUAUAUUAUGUGUAGAUUUUUAACUAUAACGCAACUCUCGUUUUUUUAAGAGAUAUUUUCAAAUUUAAAUCAUAAUAUAUAUAUACGUAUAUAUAUAUAUAUAUAUAUAUAUAUGAGAAAUGCUCAUUUUAUCAUCAUCAUUAGAUUGUAAUAAUUAAUACUUAGUCUCGGAGUAAGUGAAGAAAACGAAAUAUAAUCAUUUACCGUAGUACGUAGAUAAUUGUAAAGGACGCUUCUUUUUAGGCUUCCUAUCAGUCAACUGUUAUUUAAAUCAUCGCCAUCAUCACCAACGCAAUCAUUAUCGCAUCAUCAUCGUCAUCAAAAUCAUCGUCGUCGUCAUUUAUAAUAUGUUAUGUACGUGGUGUACAAUAUUUCCGUGUCGAAACGAUAUUUUUGUUCCAUACAUCGGCAUACGCAUCGUCGUGUUAACCCGAGUUCAACCCGUUUAACGUUCAAAACGUACGUUGCCAAACUAUAACAAUCUAUCAAAAAAAUUACAACUAUAUAUUAUACAAUGUUACUGUUUUGUUAAGGAAAAAAAAUCAAAAAAAAAAAAAAAAAAAAAAAAAAAAAAAAAAACAAAUUUCUUCGGGUCAAUUUUCUCUCCUAAAUUUCUUUAUAAUAUAUAAUAAUCAAAACGUUACCUACCUGUAAUUUGAUUUUUUUUUUUAAUAAUAAAAAUUAAAGACUGGGAAGCAAAUGAUGAAUUCAUUAUAACAUUAACAGGAAAUUAAGCAUGCAUUUUGCACUGGCCUUUUAUAAUUAUAUUUUAAUUUAAUUAUAUAAAUAUUAUUAAUUAUUAUACUUUAUACCCACUUGGCACAAAAAUACAUUUUAUCGCUACGCAAAAUUAAUUUUUAACGCGAUCUCAAUUUGAUAUACCGACGGUAGUAAAUUUAAAAUGUAUAAUGAUAUUUUGUGAAAGUAUUUUAGGAAGAAAGCAAUAUUGUAGUUAAAUAUAAUUGCGUAGUUGACCUAAUCAUGUAAUUUUAAUUGGAUUUAAAAACGAAAACAUUGUAUACGUACCAAGCGAUAUAGGUACGCAAAAAUUGUAAUGUGCAUUGAGCACAAUUUUUUUAUAGUUCGGUCGAAACGAGUAAUUUAUUAGUAUAGAAGUACAUAAUAUUAAUAUACGAACAAAAUUAUAGUUUCCGUUUUUUAAUUCGCCUGUGAUUUAUCUUUUGUUAAGUUUAUAAAAUAUGUGUAUGUAUAUGUGCAACAAUAUACAUAACAAUGUUAUUGAGCA